AAUACUUAAUCCGAGCAUCUGCCUGCGUGCGGCGGUCCGGCGUCUCAGCAUCUGUCCGUCCCUCCCUCUGGAGGGAACCACGCCGAGCCCAGCCGAGCCCAGCAUUGUGUCUGCCAGGGGGAAAUAAACCUUUAUUCCGCCGUUCCUCCUCCUCCGAGACCCGCCCGGUGCAUGUUCGUCUCGGCCGGAGCAGCAGCUGCUUCUGCCGGAUCCGGAGUCUGCUGGAGCCGCGGAGACGAAGAGUAAAGUAAAGAGGGAGAAGGCACUGGAGACGGGUGCGAGCUUCUAGACCUCCGGUGUCGUCCGUAUCUCAGCAGUGGGAUGAAGCCGGAUGCGGUUACCAUGGAGACCACAGACCCUGCUGAAGGAGCUGCGGUAGCAGAGCCGUCCUCGCUGCAGGAGCAACCCUCGUCCCAACCCUCGUCCCAGCCGGAGGCCGUGGCGACCAACACGGCCCACGGCGACGCUCCAAACGCUCCCAAAGCCAACGGCAAGCCGCUGGCCGACCCCAAGGUCAAGCCCAAGGCCUUGGGCAGCAAAGCGCCGUCUACGGCGGCGUCUGGGCCGGGCUCUCGGCCCGGAACCGCCACAAACCGCACUGGGAACGAUGUCAAAGCCAAGAGAGCAGCGGCGAGCGCCGCGCCGAAGCCGGCGGCGGCGGGAGCCGUAACUAAACGACCCGCAGGCGUUGCAGCGGUUUCCUCAGCCAAGACCCAGACCAGACCGGACCAGAACCAGACCAGAGUGCCUAACAAGAGACCGGCCGGACCCGCCAGGACCGGCUCGGCUCCCGCUGCCACGGCAACCAACGGGACCAGGCCGACGGCGCUGAACAAGAAACCAGCGGGCGAGACGGACAACGGCGCCAGAGCCAAGACCACAGCUGCCGCCAGCAGGACGGGGACCUCGUCUGCUCCCAAACCCGGCUCCACAACCAAACCUGCUUCUGCUGCCGUCUCCAGAACUGCAAGGCCUGCGACGGCUCCCUCAGCGUCUCGAGCAGCGUCCUCCACAUCCAGACCCGCCACCGCUCCCACCAGGCCUUUCACCACCUCCACCCUGAAGACCUCGGCCCCCAGACCUGCUGCAGCUGCAGCGCCCCCUGCUGGCAGAACCGCGCUGACGCAGUCGCCCAGACCUGCAGCCGCCAGGAGAGAUGUGGGUCGACCUCCUGCAGCCGCUGUGCCUAAAAAACCAACCGCUGCAGCCGCAGCGCCGCCUGCUGCCAGAAAACCAGAUCCCUCCAAGCCGCCGGCGGUGGCGGCGGCGAGGGUCCCGUCUGCGUCCAAAGGACCGACAAAAGCAGCCGAAGCCAAGACGUCUCCGUCCAAGCCUCAGCCGCCCGGGAAACCCACUCCCACGAAGAAACCCGCGGCGUCUGCGCGGCUCGCCCUGUCCAGCCGACCGCCGGUGGGCCGGACGGCGCCGGCGUCCCCGGCCAGCAAGCCGGCAAACGGCGGCACCGCCUCCAACCUGAGGCGGGGAGCCAAACCCACGCAGACGGUCCCGCCCUCCAACGCCGCCAAGAAGGCCGGCGCUGCGGUGGCUGCAACUGCCGCCGGUGCGGCGGCUGCAACCGUCAUUACUGCGGCGGCUACGACCGGCACCGAGGCGGCGGCAGCAGAGCCGCCGUCAGAAGCUGCAGCCGCCCAGCUGCAAGAACCCGCCCCGACGGCCGAGGCGUCGCCUUCCCAUGAGGCAAUGCUGCAUCCGUCAACGGAGGCCGGACCUGCAGAGGCGUCUGAGAGCGCCGAGGCGGCGGCGGCGGCAGCUGCUACAACCGGCACAGCGGCGGCAGCAGAGACACCGUCAGAAGCUGUAGCCGCCGAGCUGCAAGAACCUGCCCCAGCGUUUCCUUCCCAUGAGGCAACGCUGCAUCCGUCAAUGGAGGCCGAACAUGCCGAGGCGUCUGAGAGCGCUGCGGCGGUCCCACAAACGUGUGACCUCAAAGAGCAGCUGGAAACAGAACCGUCAGCGGAGCCGGAGCUGAUGUCCCCUGAAGCCGCCACGUACCCGCCCUCUCCGACGGCAUCCACGUCGGCCCCCGUCCCCGCUGCCGCCGCGCCCAACCUGAACGAGCUGGAGGACGAGGACGAGCGUGUGUCGGAGAUGAGCGGCACCACGCAGCCCACGGAGGAGUCCCGCCCCGAGGCGGCGUCGGCCUGGCGCGCCGGCGGCGCCCUGCUCUCGGAGCUGGACUCGGAGGACGUGAGCGGCUCGCAGCUCAGCGCCCCCGGCGUCCUGGAGGGCACGGAGAGCACGGACGAGCUGGGCGACGGCAGCCUGAAGGGCGCCGCCGACAUGGAGGCGUCGGCCGGCGGCCCCGACGAGGACGAGGACGACAGCAGCCGCGUGUGCGACAUGGACGUGGGCUCGGAGCGGCUGGACGAGCCGCGGCGGGCGCGGCACGACAACGACGGCGGGGAGGACGAGGAGGAGGACGACGAGGACGUGGACAUGGCCAGCGAGGGCGUGACGGAGAGCGGCCUGGAGAGCUACGGCAACGCCGACGAGGACGACUUCGCCGAGGACGAGCGGCUGGACAACCUGAACCGGGUCCUGCAGCCGCCGCCGCCGCCGCCCGCGCUGCCCUCGGUGCCGGGGGCCCGCUGGGACCAGCCCAACCCCCCGGACCCGGCCCUGGACCCGGCCCUGGACCCCUGGGGGGGCCCGGCCGCCAGCCCCGAGGGCCCGGACCUGGUCCUCCUCCCGGACCUGGGGACCCCGGGCCGGGCCUGGUUCCAGCUGGGCCCCCAGCAGCCCUGUGCCGACCCGGGGCCGCCGCCCCCCGCCCCGGGGACGUCCCAGUCCAGCACCCUGAGCAGCGAGACCAGCAGCCCCGAGGACCCGGGGCAGAACCAGGACCCGGCCCCGCCGGAGGGGGAGCAGGGGCAGCUGGAGGACGAGGAGGAGCCGGAGACCCUCCCCGCCGACGAGGCCCCGGGGGGCCCGGCCACCGCCCCCACCUCCAACCCGUCCUCGUCCUCGGCCACGGAGGACGAGGCCAGCGACACGGAGGGCGAGGCCCAGCUGGAGGACUCGCCGGAGGGCCCGCUGCUGGUCACCGUGGCAACCGUCGCGACCGUGGCAAUGCCGCAGCGCCUCCUGUCCACGGUGGAGGAGGGCGAGGAGGCGGAGCCGGCGGAGGCCACGCCCCCUCCCGCCGCCCCCCAGCAGUACAUCGAGUGCGGCCGGCCCGAGUCGUCGGCGCCGGCGGAGGACGCGGCGGCGGACGACGGCCCGGACGCCUCGCCGCCCCCGCCGGGCCCGGCGGUCGCCCAAGACGACGGCCAGCCUCCCUACUACUCAGCCAUCUGUGAGAAGACGGAGGAAGCUCUGGCAGGCUUCUCCGCGGCGCUGCCCCCUCCCCGGGCCUACUACGACCUGGUGAAGCUCCCCGGCGGGGGCGCGGCCCCGGCCCCGCCCAGGCUGAGCUGCACCGACCUCCCUCCCCGACGGAGCCCCCCCGGGGCCGGGGGGGGCCGGCCGGGCCUGAGCCCGCAGCUCCGGCGGCUGGAGCAGCACCAGCGGCAGCUGCAGGAGCUGCAGCAGCGGCAGCAGCAGCAGAGCCGGCCGCUGGAGGAGGCGGAGCAGGAGAGGAGGAGACGGCUGGAGGAGGAGGAGCGGCGGAAGAAGGAGGAGGCGGAGGAGGAGAUCAAGAGGAACCGGGAGGAGCAGGAGAGGAAGGAGCUGGAGCUGCAGCUGCAGCAGCAGCAGGCCGAGCUGCAGCAGCGCCAGCAGAUCCUGCAGUGGCAGCAGGAGCUGCAGUCGACCCGCGACUCGCCGCCGGCGUCGCCGCCGCCGUCCGGGCUCUGCACCAUCUACGAGGCGCUGGAGACCAGCGAGGACGAGGGGGACCGGCAGAACCGGGACCACCAGGACUCUGAGCGCCCGGGUGACGGCGGAGAGCGGGCAAGGUCGGACUCAUCGCCCUCCGCCAGCCCCUUCCCGCUCCCAGACUCCGCCCAGUCCUCCGCCUCCCAGGACGAGAACGGCUCCGGCCCCGCCGAGUCGCCCUGCGGCCCCGCCGAGUCGUCGCCCGCCGAGCUGGACUGGGGGAAGAAGGUGGACAUCGUGCAGCAGCUCAUCAACCAGACGCUGCUGCUGAACGGCGACGGCUGCUCGUCCCUGCUGCUGUUGCCGGGGGCGACGGGGGGCACGCUGAGCCCCCUGGAGAGCAGCCUGUGGCCCAGCCUGCUGCCGCCGCUCACCCCGCCCUCCGCCACCGUCACCUCCGUCAGCAGCUUCUCCCCCGAGGCCUCGGGCAGCGCCCCCCAGGGGGAGUGGACGGUGGUGGAGCUGGAGACGCACCACUGA